AUGUUUUUAAAAUCAAAUGAUAUUUUUAUUGAUGGAAAAUGUAAUGAAACAUUUAAAAUUGUUCAAGAUCAAUUUAAAAUAAAUUUUCAAAAAGGUUGGGAAUCAGAGGGUGCCUCAAUAGCUGUCUUUCAUAAAGGUGAAUGUGUUGUUGACAUAUAUGGUGGAUAUGCAGAUAAAAGUUGUAAUAAAAAAUGGACAUCAGAUACUUUGUCAGUAGUAUUUUCAGUUACAAAAAGUAUUGCUUCUAUUUGUUUAGCAAUUCUUAUUGAUAGAGGUUAUGUUUUUUAUGAUGAUUUAGUUACAAAAUAUUGGCCAGAAUUUGGUAAAAAUGGUAAAGAAAAUAUAACAAUUGAAAUGAUAUUAAAUCAUCGUUCUGGAUUAGUACAUAUGGGACGUGUAAUGACAAUUGAUGAAAUAUAUGACAGAAAUUUAUUAAGAAAAUCUAUUGAAGAUAUGAAACCUAUAUUUAUACCUAAUACAAAAACUGCUUAUCAUACAUUACUUUUUGGUUGGAUAAUUGAUAUGUUAGUUGAAAAAAUAGAUCCAUUAAAUAGAAGUAUUAGUCAAAUAUUAAAAGAAGAGUAUUGCAAAAAAUAUAAUUUAGAUAUUUUUAUUGGAAUAUUACCAGAAUAUUUUUAUCGUUUAACACGUAUAAAAAAGUUUAAAAUAAACAAUGCAAUAAGUGAAACAAUAAAUGAUUGGAGAAUUGGAAAAUUAGGAUAUUAUUAUUAUAAACCAACUAGUCUCAUGAAAGAAUGUUUACGUGAUUUAUAUAGUAUUGGAAAAGAUUUUCGGAUGUUUAAUAAUCCACAAAUUUUAACAUUAGAAUUUCCAUCAGCUGGUGGUGUUGGAAAUGCUUAUUCAAUAGCAAAAUUACAUGAUAUUGCAUUUAAUAGAGAUGAAAUUAAUAGUUUAAGCAUAAAUAUUAAAAGAAAAAUAUUUAAAAUUCCAGAUAAACAUUUUGACUAUACAACAGGUGAAUCAUUAAGAAAAGGUUAUGGAUUUAAUUAUACAAAAAGUAUAAAAAAUACUUGGCAAAUAGGACAUCAAGGUGUUGGUGGACAAAAUAUUAAAGUUGACUGGGAAAAUGAUCUUGUUAUUUGUUAUUUAACUAAUGGUAUGAAAGCUGGUGUUGGUGAACAUGUUAGAACAUUAAAAGUACUUGAAAAAGCUAUAUAUAAAUGUAUUUAA